UGUGUGCGUGUGUGUGCGCGCGCGUGCGUGCGCCAUAGCCUGAUACAUGACUGGACCGACCUGGGCCAUGCAGGGCCGCCUGCCGCUGGCGCCCGAUGCGCCGGCCGCCCCUGACCCGGCCCUGGUGUGCGUCGACCUGCGCAGCCGGCUGCCCCUGUCGACGGUCGAACAGCCACUCACGGCCCUGGUGGCCUCGCUGGCGGCCGAGGCCGGCUUUCCCCUCGGCUCCUGCUUCAUCAGCGACGCCCCCAUCGAGGAGCCCGCCGAGGCCGGCGACCCGCGCCAUGUCCUGGUCCUGGUGGCCUCGUCGGGCUUGAGCGACGGCGGGCUGCAGGACCGCGUGGCGCGGCUGCUUGUGCUCCUGCGUGCGCAGCCCACCGAGGCCGUUGUCCCUGACGCCGGGGCCGACGCCGGGCCGCUCUUUUCCGAUGUGGCCCUGUCCGCCACGCCGGUGACCGAUGGCGCGCCGCUGCUGUGGCAUUUCUCCCUGAAGAUCGAGGGCAUGACAUGUCGGUCAUGCGCCAACCUCCUCGCCUCGCUGGCCGGCGACGCGGCGGCCGAGGCCGAAUUGCGCCUCCUCACGCGGCCGCAGAUCGACCCGCGCGCCGGGCAGGGCGAGCUGCUCCUGUGGACCGGGGCCUCGCCGGGGGCCGCCGGCCCGGCGAUCGAGGUCUUCUUCGAUGCGCUGGUGGCUCUGGCCGAGAUGUCCGGUUUCACGGUGGCCGUGGCCCGGGCGCGAAUUCCCCACCUCCGCCUGCCGCUGACCCUGACCGGCAUGCGGUGCCGGUCGUGCGUGCGCAAGCUGAGCAACGCCCUGACCGACACGCUGACCCAGCAGCCGGCCCCUGCCGCCGGUCGGGCAGCCGGGUCCGGCGCCGGCUUCCCAGGCGGGUGCACCGGCUUCGAUGUGCCGGUCCCCGGGCAUGCGGCGCUCCUGUUCGCCCAUGCCCGGGACCUGGCCGAUGCGCUGCACUCGGUGGGCGCCUUCGCCGAGGACCUCGGGUUCGAGCUGGUGUCGCCCUUCGACCUGGAGGAUGUCCAUUUUGAGCCGCUGUCGCUGGCGGCCAGUCCGGAGGCCCCCCCGGCCCCGGCGGCAUCCCUUGUGCCCGGUGCCGCCGUCCAAAAGCCGGCUGGCGCCCUCCCAGCCGCCGAGGACUCUCCGUCUGCCGAAUCGCCAGGAGGGCGAGGCAUGUCGUCGGUCAUGUCGUCCUUGCCGGCGGCCGAGACCGCCACGGCAUCCUCGCCGCCGCCGCCGAGCACGUUCCUCGGCCCGCCGAGUGAUGCAUCUACCAUCUCGCUGGCAGCCAGCAAGUCCGACCGGGGCGGCCUGUCUGCGGAUGCACUUUCGCCGCCGGUGUGGGGCUCGGCCCCGGCGAGUACCGGCGUCGGUGUCGGGGCCGGACCCACCGCGGCUGUCCCUCCUCCCCGGGCCGCCGCCACCGCCGCCGCCACUGUUGCCACCACCACCACCACCACCACCACCACCACCACCACCACCGCCACUACCGCCACCGCCGGCUCUCGCAGGCCCCAGUCGCCCGGCUCCCGGCCGAAGACCGGGCAUCUCGUGGUCAAAGGCAUGACGUGUGGCUCGUGUGUCAGCUCGAUUGAGCGCCACGCGCGCAAGGUCCCCGGGCUGCUGGAGAUCCGCGUGGCCCUGCUGGCCGAGCAGGCCGAGGUGGUCUUCAACCCGGAGAUCAUCUCCUUGGAGGGCAUCGCGCGGGAAAUCUCCUCCGCGGGGUUCCCCUCGACGGCCAUCCACAUCCGCACGCCGGGCCGGGACGACUCGGGCGGGCCGGCGGGGGCCGCCGGUCCGGCCACAGACCGGGUGCCCCGGCUGCCGGGCGAAAGUGUGGGCGAGUGGCGCGCGCGUGCGCGUGCGUCCGAUCCGGACGCCGCGGCGGCCGGGGCGGCCGCCGGCCCGGAUGCCGGGUCCACGGCGGCGGCUUUGUCGCGCGCGUCCGAAGUCCGCCGCUGGCGGCGGGACUUCUUCACGGCGCUCAUCUUCACCCUGCCCGUGUUCAUGCUGGACAUGGUCCUGAUGGAGGUGCCGGCGGUCAAGUCCUUUGUGCGCAUCGAGCUCGUUCCCGGGCUGUACCUGGGCAACCUGAUCCUCCUGCUGUUGACGACGCCUGUGCAGUUGGUCACGUUUGUCACGCUCGGCCGGUACUUGGAGAAUCUGGCCAAGGGCAAGACCUCCGAGGCGCUCAUUCGCCUGUUGUCGCUGAAGCCGUCGGCCGCGACGCUGGUGCAAUUCGACCCGGCCACCGGGGCUGUCGAUGAUGCGGAGCUCCUGGCCCUGGAUCUGGUGGAGGUGGGGGACGUGCUGCGUGUGGCCCCGGGCGAGCGGGUCCCCACCGAUGGCGAGGUGGUCUGGGGCCAGUCGCAUGUGGAUGAGUCCCUGGUCACCGGCGAGGCCAUCCCGGUGACCAAGCGCCCCGGGUCCGGGGUCAUCGGCGGGACGGUCAACCAGACCGGCGCGCUGCUGAUGCGGGUCACCCGCACCGGGGACGACACGGCCCUGUCGCAGAUUGCCCGGCUGGUGGGCCAGGCCCAGAUGUCCAAGGCCCCGAUCCAGCAGUAUGCCGAUCGCAUUGCCGGGAUCUUUGUGCCGGCGGUCCUGGGCCUGGCCGCGUGCACGUUCGUCUUCUGGAUGCUCCUGAUCAAGGUGGGCGGCUACUCGCCGCCGGUGUCCAUGCACGCCGGCAUGUUUGGGAUUGGGGCCGCCAUCACCGUGAUCGUUGUGUCGUGCCCCUGCGCCCUGGGGCUCGCCACGCCAACCGCCGUCAUGGUGGGCACCGGCGUCGGGGCCGGGCUCGGGGUCCUGAUCAAGGGCGGCCAGCCGCUGGAGCUUGGCCACCGAAUCACCGACGUGGUCUUCGACAAGACCGGCACCAUCACCCAGGGAAAGCUGACCAUCUCGGCAUACCGGGUCAUGACAGACGCCCGGCCCGGGGCCCUGCUCUCCGGGCCGCAGCUGUCGCUGACCUUCUGGUCGUUGCUGGCCGCGGCCGAGGCCAACUCCGAGCACCCGCUGGCCCAAUCGCUGGUUCACUUCGCGCAGCAGAAUCUGUCGAAGGAAGCGUUGGCGGCCUUCACGGUGGACUCCUUUGAUGUGGUGGUCGGUAGUGGCAUUGUCGCGACACUGGUGCCGUCGCGUGGUGGCCCGUCGGUCGCGGUGCGCGUCGGGAACCGGCGCUUCGUGUGCGGUGACGCGGAGGAUGGCGCGGAGGAGGAGGAGGAGCCGGAGGCGGCGGAGCCGGAGGCUGGCGCCCCGCCCGGCGGCGGGGGCGGCCCCGCGCGGCUGACCGACUCCGAUCGGCUGGCCAUCGACGAGGCGCGCUUCCUCGAGCAGGAGGGCCAGACGGUGAUCUACGCGGCGGCGGCCGGCCGGCUGGCCGGGUUUGUCGGGCUGUCGGAUCGGCCGAAGGCCCACUCGCGCGAGGCCAUCCUCCGGCUGAAGGCCAUGGGCAUCCAGGUGCACAUGCUGACCGGCGAUCAGCGGUCCACGGCGGCGGCCAUCGCCCGGCAGGUGGGCGUCGACGCGUCGCACAUCUGCUCCGAGGCCCGGCCCGAGGGGAAGAUCGAUUACAUCCGCCUGCUGCAGGGGAUCGGGGCGCUGAACGCCCGGGACCCGGGGCAUCUGGGCCCGUCGUCGGUCAUCCGGGACUUCCUGGGCCCGGAUGCGGCCAUCGCCGACCCUGCCGGCCUCGAUCUGGAGGCCGGCCAGCAGUCCGGCGGGCCCCGGCGGUCUGGCGUGUCGCGCAGCUCCCCCGAGACGGCCAUGCGCGUGGUGGCCAUGGUCGGCGACGGGAUCAAUGACUCGCCGUCCCUGGCCCAAGCCGAUGUGGGCAUUGCCCUUGGCGCGGGGACCGACGUGGCUGUGGAGGCUGCCGACAUUGUCCUCAUCAACAACGACCUGUUCGACGUGGUGACGGCCAUCGACCUGAGCCGGUCGACCUACCGGCGGAUUCAGUACAACUUCGUGUGGGCCACCAUCUACAACAUUGUGGUGAUCCCGAUUGCGGCCGGUGUGCUGGUGCCGGUGGGCAUCCUGAUGCCGCCGAUCGUGGCCAGCAUGGCCAUGUCCCUGUCGUCGGUGUCGGUGGUCCUGUCGUCGCUGGCGUUGCGGCGGUACCGCCGGCCGACGGUCGGCUCGGCGGCCGAGGGCGACGCCGUCCGGCCGCAGGGUCUCGUGGUCCGGGCCCGGGCGGCGCUCUUUGCCCCGGUCUAUGCCCUGGGCCGGAUGAUUGACCGGCUGGCGGCCGGGCCAAGCUCCUCGCGCUGGGCGGCCCCCUCGUCGGCCGAGCGGGCCUCGGCCCUGGACAUCGAGGAUGACGGCGUGGCCGCGCCGGCCACCCGGCGCGGGCUCUUCCGCUCGACGCCGGAGAUCGGCAUGCCCGAGUCGCAUGAGCUCCGGCAGGUGGUGGUGACAGGCGGCCCGGGGUCCUCCUUGUCCUCGCUGUCGCCGUCGCUGGCCGAGGGGCUGCCUGUGGCUGUGGCGAUGGCGCCGCCGCAGCAGCAGCACCCCUUCUCGGUGGGAUCGUCGCCGGCCACGGCGCUGCGGCCGCUGCCCCCCCCUCCGAGUGGGCCCGCCGCCGCUGGCAGCGGCCUCCGGGCCGUGGCACCGGGCGGCGUCGUCGGCUCGUCCAAGUCCAAGUCGCUGUCCGGCACGCCGGCCCCCUCGCCGCGGGUGUCGCUGCUGCGCAGCGUGACCACCUCGUCGGCGGCCGGCGGCGGUGGCGGCGGCGGCGGCGGCGGCGGCCAUGGUGGCCCGCGUCGCCCGGCCGGCGACCAGCAGCCGCUCCUGUCCGCAAGGGAGAAGCAGCAGAAUGCCCCGGUCGAGCUGCCGAUCGCCGGUGGCUGGGCGCCGAAUCCCUUCUUCAUGGGGGCUGCCGUGUCGCCCGCUCCUGCUGCCGUCGCCGGGGCCACCCCCCCCGCGGCCGCUUCCUCGGCGGCCGGUGCUCCGAGCAACGGCGGCGGCGGUGGUGGUGGUGGUGGCGGCCCGAAGGCGGAGCUCGGCCUUGGCGGCAUGUCCUCCCCGGUCGAUGCCGGCGCCAGCCAGCUGCUCAGUGGCGGCAGCGUCAGCAGCGUGCAUGACUGGUCGUCCUCGGCUGCCUCCCUGUCCGGGUCCCUCAGCAGGCCCUUCGAUGAGGCUGCUGCCACUGCCGCCGCCAUCAAGGUGCCCGGGGACCUGCAGCGGAACCCCUUCGCCACGGACCUGUCGCACUUUGGUGGUGCCGACGGUCAGGAGUUCUUGACGGUCGACGAUCUGUAA